AUGGGAGAUUCCGUGAAACAGCUGCGAUAUGCCGACGUAGCAAUCAACCUUGGGGACCCAGUAUUCACAGGCGUCUACCACGGGAAAAAGGUCCACGACAAUGACUUAGACGAUAUCAUCCAGCGGGCUCUGGAUAUCGGCUGUCAGAAACUUAUGGUCACAGGCUCUGACUUAGACGAGUCGAGACACGCCGUAGAACUUGCCAAGGCUCAUCCUGGUAUCUGCUACGCCACUGUUGGCGUCCACCCCUGCCAAGCAAAACUCUUCGACUCGUACCCAGAAGGCCCUGAACAGAUGUUACAAGAGCUGAGGAGGCUCGCGCUCGAAGCCAAAGAAUCAGGCCAUGCCACUGCAUUUGGCGAGAUAGGUCUUGACUAUGACCGCCUCUUCUUCUCGCCCAAGGACCAGCAAUUGAAGUACUUCGAAGCACAGUUGGAUCUUGCAGUUGAGGUCCAACUGCCGCUCUUUCUGCAUUCCAGAGCUGCUAGCGAGGAUUUCGAACGGCUGCUCACUCCGCGUCUGGCGAAGUUGCCCAAGGGUGGUCUUGUUCAUAGCUUUACUGGUACUAUGGGAAGAGAUGCAGCGGCUGGUCGACUUCGAUUGGAUAUUGGGUGUGAAAUCCGGCCUUCACAUGCCUCAUAUAAACACCUUGAAGGCGCGCCGGUGUUACCGAAAUCCUUUAAAAAGGAGAAAUGGCAAAAGGGCUGCAUGGUGAAGGGUCGAAAUGAGCCUGUGACCAUAUACCAAGUUGCGCACGUAAUUGCGAGUGUGAAAGGCCUUUCUGUUGAGGAGGUUUGCGAAACUACGUGGCAAAACUCGAUAAGAAUGUUUGCCCUGGGGGAAACGUAG